CCACACAAGUAGCAACUCAAGUACUUCUACAUCCCAAUUAAACUCUUCCAAAGCCCUAGAUUAGCCUUCCAUUUCCUCUUUAUACACUCUUCCUUAAUCAAGAAAGAGAUGCAGGAGGACAAGAAGAUGAAGGUGAAGAAAGGAUGGCUUGCAGUCCAAGUAGGGUUGGAGGAUGAAGAUGGCGAGUGCCAGCGUUUUGUGAUUCCCAUAUCCUAUCUUUACCAUCCUUUAUUGAAGAAACUUUUGGAGAAAGCUCAUGAGGUUUAUGGGUACCACACCACCGGCCCUCUUAGGCUGCCGUGCUCGGUGGACGACUUCCUCCAUCUCCGGUGGCGGAUCGAGAAAGAGUCAAACCAUCAUCAUCAACAUCAUCACCACCACUCCCAUCCCCACCUUUCUGGUGCUUUGUCCUUUCACUCUUGUUGAUCUACGUAGACAUGACACCAUGUUUUCCUUUUUUGUGGGAAAAGAACCAAACAAAGGGGAGGCAAAUAAAUUUAGCUAGACAAGCAUUCUGUUUAUUAGUGGUGCUUGCCGCUGUAUUUUUAUUUUUCCUUCUCUAACUUAAUUAUCUGGGAAGCUGU